UUAAAGAUGAAAAGAGAGCAAUUCGAGCAAUUUUCGCAGGCAAUGUCUGGACUUAUGUCGGUAGACCAAGAAACUGUAGAAAAUAAGAUCAUUGAAGUUAUGAACAGAAGUAAAGCUAAAUCCAAACAUCAACAUUUCUUUGAUAUCGAGCACAACUUGGGAAAAGACCAAUCACAUGAAGAUGUAUGAACACAGCACAUUUUAGCAGAAAUAUUUGGAUUCAGAAAGAAUAAUAAAUUUAAUGAAGCAUAUUUACUUGAGAAGUUGGUUGAGAAAUAUGAAGAUAUUUCUGAACAGCAGGAAGAUCCAAGCAGUAGUUCAAAAUUGUUAUUGCUUCUCUUACUAAAAGAUCAUGCAAAUGACAUCAUUGAGUCUGGACCAAUCGAGACAGAGAGAUCUUAUAGUAGUUCAGCAAGUAAAUCUACAGUUGACUCUGAUGCUGAUAAAUUCAACUAUGAUAACAAUAUAAAUAAAGCUUUGGUGAAGGAAUUUAUUGACAAAGAUGAAGAAUCAACUGAAUAUUUUCCACAAAUUGAUAAAUUCACAAUAUCAGAUAAACCCUUUGCUUGAGAAACUCAAUUUAUGGUAAACGGGAUGUUCAAAAAUUCUUCUGUUACAAAGGCACAAGGGACUCGACUAGAAGGCUUAUCGACAUCAGAACUGCUAGGAAUAGAUGCUUCAAAGAACAAAUUCUUCAAACUAUGAGAUGAUAAAUUAUAG